AUGGGUAACUAUGAAUCUCUUUCAGUUGAAGAAACUAACAAGUUGCGGAUUUCGAUUGGGCUCAAACCCAUCGAAUUACCAGAAAGAAAUAAGGCAGAACCAGCUGUUCAGCCAAAGGACGCCGAUGAGGUAGAGAAUAAGUUAAAUCAUGACAAAACCGCAAGUAUAGACCCGAAAAUCUCGAGACUGCGAUCGAACUUGCAGAGAGCAAAAUCGAAAUCCCAGGUAAAUACCGUUUUAGACGGUGUUACCGACGAUGACAGCGUUGAUUGGAUUGCUAAUGUGAAAUUGAAGAAAAGGCCAGGACGUUCAACGACGUUGAAUAAAGACUAUUUUGAGGAAAAAGAAGAACCGGAAGAUCCGGAGACCUCCAGGAAAAAUGAAAAUGGAUCUCGCACACGAGUUACUGGUCAGAUUUCAGAGUUAGUGCCUGGAAAAGAUGUAAUCCUGACACUUAAAGAAUCGGAACUGGGCGAGGAGGAGAUCGAAGAUACACUGGUGAAUGAGGGACUGGCACACGACCAAGAACAAGCCAAUAAUAUGCGGCUUAAAAGAAUGAACCAGGAUCGAAAACGUCGUAAAAUCACCAUUGGAAAAGGUAGUAUGAAGGAAGAUGACGAUGAGAACCAAGAGGAAGCUGAGAUUUACUUGGUGAACGGCAGGAUCGUGGGGCAAGCUCCAGAUGAACAGCCUCCUACUCAAAGAAGAGAUGACAAGAGAGUGGAUGUGGCAUCGAUUUCGGACAACGCAGAGGAAAGUGCUGAAGAAGCAUCCGACUUCGCGGCUGUCAAAAUAAAGAAACGUAAAAAACUCAACAACAGUGGCGUGUCCAGCAGAAGAUCAAGACCUACAGACUUUGUAGCUCCUAAAGUUGCAUUGAUUGAUGAAGACAGUGUGGACCCAGCUGAAGAUGAGUUACAGAACCUUUUGAAGGUCCGGAAAAAGACAAAUCUCAGGAGCCAUAAUGAAAGUCUCAAGACACCAGAACAGAUUGCCAAGGAAGUGGAGCUAGAGAAGAAAGAGAGAGCAUCACGCGUUCAAAACCUCAAUUAUCUCCGCGGUAUCACCAUAGAUGAGAACAGUGCAUUUCUUUCAAGUCUCAAGGGUGAUCAGCCCGCUGACCAAACGAGCGUUUCUGAGCACUCGUCGUCGUUCCAGCCCGUAAAUUUAAAAGUAACAGCAGUCGAACCUCCUCACCAACUUAAACAGGAAGAUCAGGAAAACACGAGUGGUGUUGAAGAAAUCCAAGAGCAAGUGUCCGGGGCCAGUUUUGAAGGCGGUCUGGCGGCAACUUUGGGCUUUUUACGAAAUCGUAACGUGAUUCCAGCACAACCAUCGGGUGACGCGGUGGCUAAUAGCAUUUCUUCACGGACCGCGGACCUCGUUGCAUAUCAGCAGCAGCAGGAAGCGCAAAACGUUCGCAGCCGGUUUGCAAAUGAAUUAGCGAAAGGUAGCGUUCGGUACAGCAAGGAGGAGUUGGAGAGUCUUCAGAAGCUGCAAGAACAAGAGAUCAACGAUCGCAACAAAACUCUACAGAGACAACGACUCGCGGCGUACAAUCCGGAAGUGAAUUUAACAUACAAAGACAAUGCUGGCAAUGUGCUCACUACGAAAGAGGCGUACAAGAAACUUUCGCAGGCUUUUCAUGGCACCCGCUCAAAUAGUAAAAAGUUAGCAAAGGCGCGACAAAAGGUCCAAGACAGGAACAGACAUUCAGAUAGCUAUGUAUGA